AUGACAGUACCUACAACGCAGAAUCUUGACUCGUUCGAGUCGCUCCAGCGUCAGCUGGAGCAGCAAACCGCGGAAAUCGAGAAAUGGUGGUCCCAGCCGCGCUGGAAGCACACGAAGCGCAUCUACUCCGCCAGGGAAAUCGCCGCGAGGCGUGGGACCAUGCCCAUGGCUCCCCACGCCUCCUCAACAAUGGCCCAGAAAUUGUACAAGCUACUCGAGGAGCACCACGAAAACAGGACCGUGGCUAGGACGUUUGGCGCGCUGGACCCCGUCCACGUGACCCAGAUGGCCAAGUACCUCGACACCGUCUACGUCUCCGGCUGGCAGUGCUCGUCCACAGCGUCGACCAGCAACGAGCCCGGGCCGGAUCUCGCCGACUACCCCAUGGACACCGUUCCCAACAAGGUGGACCACCUGUUCAAAGCGCAACUGUUCCACGACCGUAAGCAGUGGGAGGACCGGUCGCGCUGCAAGUCGCAGGCCGAACUUGACAAGCUAGGCCCUGCCACCGACUAUUUGAGACCCAUUGUCGCCGACGCCGACGCCGGCCACGGCGGUGUGACUGCCGUUUUCAAACUCACCAAAAUGUUCAUCGAAAAGGGAGCCGCGGGGAUCCACAUGGAGGACCAGACCUCCACCAACAAGAAGUGCGGUCACAUGGCGGGCCGCUGCGUGAUCCCAGUGCAGGAGCAUAUCAGCCGCUUGGUGACCAUCCGUAUGUGCGCGGAUAUCAUGCACUCGGACCUCGUAUUGGUUGCACGCACCGACUCUGAAGAGGCGACAUUGCUAAGUUCGACCAUUGACCCCCGCGACCACUACUUCAUUGUGGGUGCUACGAACCCAGACGUUGAGGUUUCGCUUGCUGAAACCUUGGAGGCCGCGAUUAUGAAGGGAGUUUCUGCCGCAGAUUUGGUUGCUACUGAAGAGCGCUGGUGCGCGAAAGCCGGGCUUAAGCUGUUCCACGAAGCGUUCGCAGACGAGGUUCGCAAGCACGAGACUUCAAACCAGGAGCAAAUAAUAAAAGAGUUCAACGAGACCGUGGGUCCAUUGGCGGGCUUCUCUCUCCGCGAGAUGCAAGCGGUUGCCAAGAAGUUGCUGGGCAAGCCCCUUCACUUCGACUGGGACCUUCCUCGCGCGAGAGAAGGUUUAUACCGCUACAGAGGUGGAACGCAAAGCAGUAUCAUGCGGGCUAGAGCGUUUGCCCCAUAUGCGGACUUGGUGUGGAUGGAAUGUAACUCCCCAGAUUACGAGCAGGCUAAGGCGUUUGCGGAAGGCGUCAAGGCCAAAUUCCCCGACCAAUGGCUGGCCUACAACCUUUCUCCAUCGUUCAACUGGACCAAGACUAUGGACGCGAAACAGCUGCGCACAUUUAUCGACCGCCUAGGAGACCUAGGUUACAUCUGGCAGUUCAUCACGCUCGCGGGGCUUCACACAAGUGCUCUGGCUGUCAACGCCUUCUCUAAGGACUUUGCUGAGCGUGGAAUGCAAUCCUACGCCGAGACAGUACAGCAGAAAGAGAUCGACCAAGGCGUCGACAUCUUGAAGCACCAAAAAUGGUCAGGCGCCGAAUACAUCGACAGCUUGCUGAAACUUGCCCAUGGAGGAACCAGCGCUACAGCCGCAAUGGGCCUGGGAGUCACAGAAGACCAAUUCCACGAGAACGGCGUGUAG